GCAAACGUUCCAAGCAUAUCAAGCAACUGAAGGAUAGCAUUCAAAGGAUAAUGGAGUUAAAGCAAUUUUAUACCUGGCUAAGCUUGAUGCUCAGCAUCAUGAUCUGUAAAUUAUCGCAGUGUCAUGCCAAGCCCAUUUAUUAUGAUCUCGAUAGCUAUGAGAGCGACUAUGAUCGCAGCUACGAUCACAAAAGUUACGACAACUCGUAUGCUUUCAUCUACGGCAAGCCCCUCACAUCUGAUCAACUGGAUAAGCUAAAUACCGGCUAUUACUAUGUGGAUAAUGGCUAUAUAGCACCUGUGCCCAGCUCAAGUGCCUCCAGCCAGCGCAGUCUCAAUCCAUAUAGCAGCGGCCAACUGUCGGAUAGCUACAAAUUCUCACCAAUUUUGCGCUAUAGGAAGUCGCGCACAAAGCGCAAGAAGCUUUUCGUGCCCAACUUCUUUGGCUAAGCUUCAAAUAUGACCUGGCCAAGAGA